AUGAAGUUAAACUAUGCAGAGAAAAAAACCCUUUUAGAAAAUCUCACAAAUAGGAUGAUCAGAAUAGAACAAGCUAUAGGUAGCAUAAAAUUUUACGAAAAGGGUAGCAACGCAAAAGGGCUUCCUAAAGAGGGGACAUCAUUUGGUAGUGUUGUAAAAACAGUCGAAAGUAGAGGGGACGACUAUCUGAAUAAAGCUGUUGUUAGCUUUGAUGACGACCGUGGUGACCACCAUGGUGAUGAUGAGGGUAACGAAGUAGGUCCUGAGCCAAGCAGAGAAGACGAAGAGGACUACAAUGAAAUAAAAUCCCGUUUGGAAAACAUACCUACAGACCUCCUGGGUACGCACAAAGACGAGGUGGUAGAACUGAUUAAGAAACACGGGCACAAGAACAGCGUAGCCGUUCACAUUUGCACCAUCAAGUUGAUUCUGCAGCAGAUCGCAAAGGAGUUCCUCCAGGAUAUUUAUGCCCAAUACAACGACUUCUACAUUUACAUCCACAGCAACAGCAUCCUCGAUGUGUACAAUACCUUCGAAUACAAACGGAACAUCCUUUUAUCUCACCUGGAUUUCAUGAAAACUUACAGCCAGCAAGUUCAAAAAAUUAUGCAGCUGAAGGAGAACAUAAACAGUUUCAAAAUGUCGGAAGCGGAGCUCCACCUGGAGAGGUUGAAGAAAAUUGAACAAAAAAACGAAGCCCUCUUUUCGCGAAUUUCCGCAGUGAACGCUGCUUUGGAGAACGUGGCGUAUAAGUACGCUUUGAUGAUGCAAGCGGCAUCCCUAAUCGUCUCCAGACAUAAGCCAAAUGUAUCUUAA